UUCCUCACGUGGUCGGAGGCUACAGGUUCAGGCAGACAGACAGACGUACAGACACACCUUCCUACUCCAAGUGACAGGAUGGGCGGCGGAAAGAAAGGUGGAGGCAAGGGUGACAAGGGCGGCGCGAAGGGUGGCGGCAAGGGCGAGUCUGGGGGCGCCAAGGGAGGAGCAGAAGGAGGCAAGGAGAAGAAAGGAGGCACGUCUGUUAAAGUGCGUCACAUUCUCUGUGAAAAGCAAAGCAAGGCUCUUGAGGCCCUGGAGAAGAUCAAGGCUGGCCAGAAGUUCAAUGAAGUAGCAGCCACAUACUCCGAGGACAAGGCGCGCAGCGGGGGUGACCUGGGUUGGAUGACCCGAGGCUCCAUGGUUGGCCCCUUCCAGGAUGCUGCCUUUGCCCUGCCUGUCUCUACCCUGGCCAGUCCCGUGUACACCGACCCGCCCGUCAAGACCAAGUUUGGCUACCACAUCAUAAUGGUUGAGGGGAAGAAAUGACCAGUGCUUCUCCGGGAUCAAGUCUGCUGUCACCCUGUGCAUUUUAAUUCCUGCUGCUUCUCGUCCCAGUGGUGUGGCCUCGUGAAAGGUGUUCUGGCUGAUUGUGGAUGUUACUUUGUUAUAACGAUCUAUGUGAGGAUGAGCACUCUGUGGAAUAUUGGCCUGGUGUGGCUUGGGUGUUUAUCAUGUUUCCUUAAUUAUCUCAUAACAGCAAAUCUUCAGUACCUGCUGAACUGACACAGCUUUCCACCACAGUAAUUUUAGUGAGAGAUUUCACCCCUAGCAAUCAUGUGUACCUGCUGAUCUACACAUCAGUGUGGCUUUUUUUAUGAUUUGAUGCUCAAGUUACCUGGCACUUGUGAAACUUCUCUCUUCUAGCAAAGGAUUAUAUAAUUGUAGAACUUGA